AUGAAGAGGACGCUGCUGCUGGCCCUAGCCAUCCUAGCCCUGCUGAACCAGGCAAUCCUGGUAAAAGGCGCAUCCGUUUUGGGCAUAGAUUUUGGAAACGAGUACAUAAAAGUAUCCAUUGUGUCGCCAGGAAAAGGUUUCAACAUUUUACUGAACAAUCAAAGUAAGCGAAAAAUAACGAAUGCAAUCUCGUUCAGUAGCAAAGUGAGGACCUUCGAUGAGGAAGCCAAAAUAUACAGCGCAAAGCAUCCACACCUAACGAUCCAAAAUGGGAACAACUAUUUAGCCUACAACAUAUUCGAUGCAUUGAAAAACAAAGAAAAUUUCAAUAUCGAAAAUUAUGAUGAGAGUAAUGAAGCUUUUUAUGCAGAUGUGAAUAAUUACCAAUUUCACCAAGGGGAUGAUCCCACGAGUAAAUAUUUUGACUACGAUUAUGUUGUAGACCACAAGAGAGGAACUAUCAGUUUGAAACUAAAGAAUGACAUGGUUCUAUCCUCCGAAGAAAUUACGGCAAAUAUAUUGGGCUACAUAAAGAAGCUGGCCUAUAAUCAUCUAAAUGUGGAUUACAAAACGAAGAGGCCGAUAAAUAGGAAGAAAGAGGCUCUUCUCAAUGCAACCAAAAUAGCAGGGCUAGAAUUACUAGGUUUAGUGAAUGGAGUUACAGCUGCUGCUAUACACAAUGUGCAUGACUUGCCGUUAAAUACAACCAAAUUAACCAUGUACUUGGAUGUGGGAAGCAAAAAUAUUAAUGUGGGAAUCGCAACGAUUAGCCAUGUAGAGAUUGAUAAAGUGCGGACUAGAAGCGUUAAGGUGUAUGCAUGUGAAGUGAUAGAAAAUAAAUCAGGAAAUCAAAUCGAUGUGAUGCUAGCUGAACAUUUGAGAAAAAAAUUUGAAGAAAAAUAUAACUUAUCCAUUUAUGACGAUAGGAAAGCCAUGCGCAAAUUAGUGCUCGCAGCGAAUAAAGCAAAAUUGUUGCUAAGCGCUAAGAAGUCUACGGAUGUGUUUAUAGAAAGCUUGUACAAGAAUAAAAGCUUGGCAGAAACUGUCACAAGGCAAGAAUUCGAAGACCUAAUUGAAGAAGUGAUCUUAAAUUUUAAAGUCCCAAUUAAUAAUGCCCUUAAGAAAGCUUCCUUCGAGUUGAAAGAUAUUGAAGCUUUAGAAUUAAUUGGCGCUGCAUGGAGAGUCCCCAAAGUACUAAAUGAAAUCACUGCCUUUUUUAAUCCCCUAACUGUUGGUAUGCACCUGAACAGUGACGAAGCAGUCACUAUGGGAAGCCUCUACAUUGCCGCCUACAACAGUGCAAAUUUUCGUUUGAAAGAUUUAAACUACACAGAUAUUUUGUCAAAUGAAUACCACAUAGUUGUUCGAAACGGUGAGGAAAACCAAACAUCGGAUGAUCAAAGUAACCCUAAGGAAAUUAUUGCCUAUAACUCCAGAUACCCCCUUACAAAAAGCGUCACAUUAAAAUAUAGAGAAAAUGUAAAAUUUUCCAUUUUGGAGAAUGGGAAGGUACUCAAUGAAUAUUCAGUGAACCCUAUUGAUGAGGCGACGAAGAAGAAGUACGAAAAGUUCGACCCUCCGAAAAUGAGUCUAAAUUUUCAGCUGGAUAAGUUCGGAAUUUUGACCCUGGAGAAUGUGUUCCUGAUUUAUGAGGAGGAGAAGAAGGUAGAGGACAGCGCGGAGACGGCAGAUGGUCAAGCGAAAAAGGAAAAUAGCAAUGUGGAAACGAGUGAGGAGGCAGCUGGGGAGGUAAACCUCGAUGCCAAUGGUGGGGAAGGAGAAUCCACUGACAAAGAAGCGACGGAGAAAGAGGCAACAAAAACAGAUGGAAAAAAAACCCAAGUGGUGAAACACUCAGUGCAGAUGACCUACCAAGUGAGAAACAUUAAGCCGACCCCCCUGACCAACGAUGAAGUGAACACAAAGAAAGACAUUUUAAAGAAAAUGGACGAACAUGAUAUUAACAUCUUCCUCAAAUCGGAGAGAAAGAACAAAUUAGAGUCUUUUAUUUACGAGUCCAGAAGCAAAAUGAAGCAGGAUAUAUUCAAGCAGGUAUGCAAAGAAGAUACCCGCACCGAGUACCUAAACAAAUUGGAGGAAUAUGAGGAGUGGCUUUACACGGAAAAUGACGAACCCCUAGAAAAUGUAAGUAACAAAAUAAGGGAGCUGGAAGAUGUCUAUUUGCCUAUAAAGGAAAGAGCGGAAGAAUUACAGGUAAGGGAAAAGCUAAUCCAGGAUACGAAUGCGAAAAUUAAGGAAAUGCAACAAAAAGUGAUAGAGUAUACAGCAGCCAAACCAUGGGCGGAAGAAACCAUUAAAGUGGUGAGAGAUUCAUUGGAGAAAGCAAUAGAGUGGUGGAAAGACGCACAGGAAGAACAAAAAAAAUUAGAUAAUUAUUCUGCUCCAUUUUUUAAAGCCAAAGAAGUAGAGUUGAAAUUUAAGUCCAUCCAUUUGCUAGUCAAAAGUUUGGAGAAAAUUAAAAAGCCCGCCGAAAAGAAAGAGAAAAAAGGGGACGAAAAUACUGCAUCCAGCGCGGAGGAUAAAAAAAACGAACCCAACGAUGAGCAGCAAAGCAAGAAUGGAUCACAGAAUGGCAACUCAAAUGAGAACAAGGGAAAUGCAGACGAAGGUGCCAACGAAGGUGCCAACGAAGGCACCAACGAAGGCGCCAACGAAAGCGCCGACGCGGGAGCUUCCCAAGCUGAAGAUGGCCAACAGAAGGGCGAAUCGGGUACCAACCCAAACGAGUCGACAGAUGGGAAGAAUGGGUCCCAGGAGCAGAAGGAUGAAUUGUAA